AUGCCCUCAGAUAUGGAUUGCUGGGUCCGAGUGGUUGUGGAAAGACUACUAAUAAAAGGCAAGAUACCCAAUCACCCGGAUAAUAAUAUUCCCGGUAUUGGUGUUGGAUUUAUGCCGCAAGAAUUGUCACUCAUUCAAGAGUUUACAGUAUAUGAAGCCCUUAAAUACUUCAGCAAAUUAUAUGUGGUGGACAGAAACGACGAGUCUCUCUAUCACUGUGUCUUACCGCCACUUCUUAUAUUAGAUGAGCCAACAGUGGGAACCGAUCCAAUAAUCCGAGAAAAAAUUUGGAGACAUUUAAUGUUUUUAUCGCAAAGAAAGUCAACUACUAUUAUAAUAACCACUCAUUAUAUAGAAGAGGCCCGAAGAGCACAUGUGAUAUCACUGAUGAGAAAAGGGGAGCUAUUGGUGGAGCAUUCGCCACAAUAUCUAUUAAAUCACUUUCAAACAGAGAAUUUAGAGAAAAUAAAUAUGGAGUCAAAGGAAAAGGCACUCCAAUCGAUGUCAUCAGAGGAUCAUAGCAUUUAUGGGGCUUUAAUAAUUGAUAAAGACUUUACCGCUGCACUCAUGAGGAGGUACUGUAUGAGGUUUAUUUAA